AUGACGGCCCACAAGAAAUACAAAAUACAGCGAAAGGUUUGUUUGUGGAUUGUGAAAUGUGACGAUCGUAGUAGUACAGCUGACUCACAGUACAUUGCAGUCAGUAACAUGUAGGGGUGUCUGCUCAGACAGAAACACUUUUAUUCGACGAAGUAGAAGAUCGAGUUUUGACUGCCCUCACACUAGACAUAUCAUUGCUCUGGUUGGGCAGUCAAUAAAAAUCGAUAUGUGAAAACCUUGUUAUAAAUCGAUGACCAUUGCAUCAUUGGGUUUCAUUCUUUUAUAUGUAUUGUACUUGUGAAUCAAUGAAAUCAGUAUUCUCAGGCUAUGGAUUACGCGUUUUCGAUGAUAUCAAAUGAAUCAAUCUUGUAGUAUCAAGAGUCGUCUCAUUCCAAUCAAUGGGAAUUUUAACCAUCCUAUCUAAAAGUAUGAUCUCAGGUACUAACUAACUAAUGUAACAUCAAUAGGGCUUAACUCCAGUCAGUUUACAGUUGUAAAUGCCAUUGAAUCAGUCUGUGAGUAAACUUUUCAGAAAGAUCAAUUGCAGUCAAUCGCAUGUUUCUUAAAAUUCUUUGAACUGCUUCCAAUGUAUUUAGCUGACCAUAGCUUGUCUGCUUUAGUGGGUUGGGGAGAGUUAUGGAUUUUGUUGGAGUUGCACACUUGCUGUAUCAAGAUAAUGGUGUAAACUCACUUUAUUAUGAUAACCCAAGUAAUAUUUCCCAUUUUACAUAAUUCACAAUAAAUCUGUAUUUGCUAAACUAUUAAGAAAUAGGGUAAUCAAGUGCUAUCAACUGAGUUGAUAAUGUAAAUUGGCCACUGUAAAGAGUUUAAAGGCUGACGUUUUGAACAUUAGCCCAUUGUUAGAGCAAUAAUCACUUAAAAUGUCAGCCUUUAAACUCUUCACGGUGGCCAAGUUACAUUAUCAACUUAGUUGAUAACACUUUAUUACCCUGUUAUACUCUCCCACUGACACAGCAUUACGGUUUCUUUAGAAACAUACCCUUUUAUUAAAAAUUAUAGUGCUUGUCUAACACCUCAACACUAUACCUCAGUGGAUAAAGGGAACUACUAACCUAGCUUUAAAUUGUUUUGAUACACUAUUAUAACAUAGUGGUCAUGUUGAACUUUUGAGGAUAGAGUCUCAUCAAGGCAGUCACCAUGGCUACUACAUGUAUAUCUUACCCAAAGUCAAGAAAUAUAGUGGGGAUAAAAUAGACUAAAACACUAGGAAUGACCUACUUUUUCAUCACACAUCUAAACAUAUCAUAUAUACUAUCAAGAUGAUGCCACACCAACUUCUUCAUUAUACCCCCUCCAAUUCAUUCCCUUGUGACUUGAACAUCAGCAAUUACCUUUAGAAGAGUGCUGUUCAAGGCUCUACCCAACACCCAUUUUUUUCUUUUAUUCCUUUCACCAUGAAUAUUAACAGUACAAACAUUAGUUGGAGCGAUAUAAAGCAACACGUUGUUUGGUGCAUUUUUUGUCCCAUUGAAAAAUAGAUGCAUGGUCACUUGAAAAUCAUUUGUAUUAUGAUAAAGAGAUAAAAUCGCCAACUUGUCCUACAUAUCCUUCUUGGGAUCAAUCAUUACAAACCUGAAAAUAUAUCUUUGUAGUUAAGAUAAAGUUGUUAAAUAUUGUUUCACCUUUUUUUCCAGAUCAGGGAGCAUCUUCGGAAACAACGAAAAGAAGCCAAAAUAAGUGGAAAAACAAAAAGUAUGUAAAAUCCAUAAAUGAUAGGCUUAAAUUGAGCCAGAUAAUAACCCAGAUAAACAUGUCAGAAAAGACUUUGUGUCUUAAUAUUGCAUUGUUGCUUAAAACAAAUUUCAAGUCUAAAUUGUUUCAAACUUGUUUGACUUGUUUGAUUUGUAUGAUCCUCUGUUUCACAUAAAUCAGUCCUUCAGACAUAAGACAAAUUGGAGUAACCUGAAAUUGUUUUUACAUGCUGGAAAACUUGUAUUCACAGUCUGUUGAAUUAGUUCAAGGUGCUUGCUUCAUAGAGUUUUUCUGAUCCUAGUUUGGGUUGUUAUAUUUUCAAGCCCUUUCUUCACAUCGGAUGACUGUCUUGGAUUAAUUAUUAACAAUGUUAAUAUUUCAGAACACAAGAAAGAUCCAGGAGUCCCAAACCUUUUUCCGUUCAAGGAGGAAAUACUUAAACAAGCAGAGGACAAGAAAAGAAGAGUGAGUACUUAAUAACUAAACAUACAUAGACAAUAAAACUAGCCAUUAACCCUUUAACUCCUAUGAGUGACCAAGAGAGAAUUUCUCCCUACAAUGUCAACAUUAUAUCAAGCAAAAAAGUGAUGAGAGUAAAGAAAAAGGUGAAUACUUGAAAAGAAUUGCUACAAACUAUCCAGGACUGAAAGACAACCGCAACAAAAGGUUUUCUCAAGCAUUAAGAUUCAACUGCAAUUUAGCUACAUGGAACCACUUGAACCUGUGGCUGAAGUAGCAGUUGUUGUCUGAGAGCACCCACUAAGGUUGUGCUGGUUAACUUUCUAAACUGUCUCUUUGUUAAAAUUGUGAAGAAGUUCUAAUAUUUUAGGAAACAUUUAUUUAUACAUUAGUGUUAAUAAGAUCAUACUGUAAUUCUUGCAGCAAGAAGAAGAUAAAGAAAGAAGAAAGAAGAACAGGUUGAAAGAAGUGAAUAAAAAAAGAAAUCUUGAAAGUUUGCAGAAGGAUGCUCUUAAGAGAGGAAAGGAGUUUGAAAGAAAGGUACAAUUACUGGAAUGUGUUUGCUGCAAUUUCUGAUAAAAUUUUUUGUAUUAAACCACUGUAUGAUUAGGUGGUGUCUGUAGCAAAGGGAUAUGAAGUAUACAGCUCUGUAUUUUUAUGGAAUUUGAGACAAGCCUUCAAAUUAUUUAUGUUAGUAGGCAGGUCAUAUGUCAGGCCACUGACUGGUGUUUGUAGCACAAGAAGUGGUGGUGAAUAAUAGAAAAACUGUUUCAUUUUCUGGAAAAAAUGUUCCUUAUCAUUGUAUCAUACAUACACAGUCAGAUUGUUGGACAAGGCCAAGCUUUUGCCUGUCAAAGAGGGUUUGUUACUUAAUAUUUUCUUAUGGAAAACCUUAUAUUUUUUAUAGGAAGCAAUUAAAGAAAAUUCUCAAUCAGAUAUUAACUCAGGCAGAAAAGUAGGUGGGUACAGGAAAAUUGAAUAUUCUUCAUUCUGUCUCUUAAUAUGACAGACAAGUGUUCAUUGUUGUUGUGUUGGUUUGUAAACUUACCUUUUUUGGCAAUCUCUUUAACUUUAUUGAUCAAAUUGAUUGAGUGAUUUAUUUUUGAUGAAUUGAUUGACAAUGUACACUGUUUGUUUAUUUAUAUCUGUCUAACUCUAUCAUUCAUGUUCUUUUUAUGACUGCCAUAUUUGUUUAACUUGUUCACAGAGGGAUCACUUAAAGCAUAUUACAAAGAAUUCAAGAAGGUACAGUAACCUGUUAUGAACAUACAAUUGCAUGAAUUUCCAGAUAUAUUACAUACUUUGAAUUUUAGAAAUAAACAAUUUCCUCUUAGAAAUGUUCCCUUGUUGCAUAGUGGAACUUCAUGAAAAUGCAGUUCAAAAUGUUCUGAUAUGCAGUUUAACAUAAUUUUUCAUUGGGAAGUUUAUUGAUGAGUGUCACCUUAAUGUUCUAGACCAAAUAAUAGUUCUAGAGAGUUGAGUCCAACCAUACUGCACAUGGGCUUUUAAAAUAAAAAGUAUCACUUGAUUAUUUCAUAGAUGAAAUGUGUAUUCAUUAUUAGGUUGUUGAUGCUGCAGAUGUUGUCCUGCAAGUAUUAGAUGCCCGUGAUCCUUUAGGCUGUAGAUGUCCACAGGUGAUGUGAUACUAUUUAGAGAAUACAUACCUUUUUGGCUUUUUGUGAGCUAUAAAUGAAAGACAACACUGUAGUGGUGGCUCACGUGUAAAUAAUUUUUUGGAGGGCACUUAGAGUCAAUUUCGAUUUUAGCAAAAUUUGAUAUGAACUUAAGGCCUUAAGGUAGAAAUGUCUGAACUUUGCACAAGUUUGAUGAUCAAGAUAAUCACCAUUUCACUGACAAGAAAAAAGCUUCUGUACCUGCACAUGUCUAAAUAUUUCUUUAACUGCUCACAGGUAGAGGAGGCAGUAUUAUCUUCUGGAGUCAAUAAGAAAUUAGUUCUGAUUUUAAAUAAAAUAGGUGAGUUUUUGCCAAGGUUUAAGAUGACUUCACACAAACCAGUAACAGCAGAGCUUAUUUGGGUUUUGGUAUAUGGAUGGUUUCCAUUCCACUACAUUGUACCCUCAGUAUUUCCUCACAAUUCUCUUCAGCUCUGUAGUACCAAUUUUUCUUGUGGACUGAGAGGGGACCACGGAGAGUAUACUGUUAUGCAAAAGAAUAUGUUGAGUCCAAAAUUUAUAGGACUUACCAUUAAACCACCACAUUUCCCACCAAGUCCAUCCCUAAACACCUUCAACUGAUCACAAAAACCAACAAAUCAAAACAAAAAAAAAUCAGUGGAAAAUGUUAAAUGAAGUUGUACACUAGGACUGCAUUCUUGGGUGCUUACAAUUGCAAGUUACAAUUGUUAUUUAAUUUAUACUCCUUGUGCCAAAAGUUUAUCUACUAAAUUUAAAGAAUAAAAACAAUUUUUUAAAAAAAAAAUUUAUUUUGCAGAUCUUGUGCCAAGACAAAUUGUAGAUCAGUGGUUGAAAUAUCUCCGUAAUGAAUUUCCAACAAUUGCUUUUAAGGCAUCUACACAGAACCAAAGACAGAACCUGGUAAGUAACUAAAUAUAAAUAUUUUUGGAACAAAAGAUCCUCUUUAACUUAGCAAGUAGUUCUUUGUUCAGCCUUUGUGUGCAGAGGCUAAUAAUGCAGGGCAAUCAUUGGAAUUUUUUGAUGAAGUUUUGAAAUUAUAGGCAGUUAAUGGUCACUAGUUUUUAAGGUUUUGAUUGAGAGCAAGUUGUCACUUAAAGCUGCAUACAUUAUUAUGUUCAAUAUUCUUGACAAAUGACACAAACUAGUAAAAGUUACUUCUAAGAAAUGUCAGACACCAUUAAGUUUUCUAAGUGAGCAUGGAUGUAACAAUGGUAAGAAGGGAGCUUGCCUCCUACUGCUGAUCAGGUCAACAUUUUGUUUUCCUUGCAUGUACCUAACAUGUACCUGAAUGAACAAUUGAGAAGAGAAAGGAAAACUUAAUGUAGACAUGAGACUUCUGAAAGAAACAGAGGAACCUCACCUCAACAAUAUGCAAUGUAUUUGGAUGGUCCAAGUGCUUUACAUGAAACCCUACUACACUUAUGUUCCAAAAAUGUUUAGUAAACAUAUACCAAAAGAUAUUUGAAGAGUCCAGUCAAUAUCAAUUACUGUUAGUAGUAACUGAUUAUCAGUCACUUUAGGUCAGUUAGUUAUUCUCAGUCUCUUUCUUGUUAUCUUUUUCUCCAGCAUCAAAGUAAGGUAUCUUUGUCAUUAGCUUCAGGAGAUCUAUUAGCAACCAGUGCUUGUUUAGGAGCAGACACUUUACUUAAACUUCUGGGAAAUUAUUGCCGUAACAAAGACAUCAAGACAGCUAUUACUGUUGGAAUAGUAGGUAUGAUAACAUGGAGUUUUGUCCUUUUUCCCUGCAGGACAUUUACAGUUUCAAUAGGUCAAGCCUAUUCACUAAAUGAUUUCUUUACAAGGCCCCCAGCCCAGGAUGGUCACUCAUAAUACAACUGCAAUAACAUUUAGAGAUUAUAUGCUUGGAGCUGAUCAUUUAUAGGUUUUUUUUUAUUUUACUUCUGAAUAUCUAGGUUUUCCUAAUGUUGGCAAAAGCAGGUGAACUAUAAUUAUCUAAUUUUGUGGUGUAUAAGUGACAAAAUAAGAUAGCGUAUAAUCAACUACUUUUGUAGUAGACUUUCCCUUGGGAUCCUCAUAUGGUGUCUACAGCAGCAAGGUUGUAUCAUGAUAGCUGUGUUUGAUGAUAUGGACCUAAGUUAGGUUUUGUAUUGCAACUAUACAUGUGAGAAGUUUGUGUAUCUUAUUUUUGCAGUAUUGUUCCUCAUUUUAUAAAGAGAGUAAAUAAAAUAAUUGAGGUAUAAUUGGUAGAAAGAUCCAAUUCCUCCAAGUUCUCUGUACUUUAGGACCAUCUGCCCAUAAAUUGUCUGGAUUUUAUGCAAUUUUAAUGGGAAUCUGCAGUACUAGUAGCUUAAUAUACAGAGUGUAAUGGUGCCAUGUUCAUAAGAUUGGGGGUUACUUUUCUCGACUGCAGAAAUGGUGUGUGACUCCUCAAACUUUUAGAGAAUGCUAAUUAAGUCAAAUCAUGGCAAAAAAAAAUUUGUCCUAUGUAAUAUGUUUUUUUGUACAUCAUCAACAUCAUUUUUGUGUUGUUUGGUAGCAUCAUCAACAGUCUAAAGAGGUGUAAAGCAUGUACUGUUGGAGCCACUCCAGGGGUUACAAAGUAAGUCAGCACUCUUUACUUGUAUUUAAAUGCAGCAUGAAGUUUACUCUGAAGUGAACUUAUUACCCUACACUGUAUCUCUCACAGGAUUUGCAAAGUAAAUGAUAUUUUAAGCCAGUCUAAGUAACAUAUUGAGGUUUUGUUUUGAGCCUUUAUCUCCAGAUGUACUUUUUUCCAAGGAAUUUGUUCAAGGACUUACACUGAGAACUCAGAUCUUUGAUAAUUUUUAUGUCCUGCUUAGUAUUCAAAUUUAUUUCACCUUCCUUUUAGUGAUUUUCUCUUUAAUUAUUUUUUCCUCAAAAAUGUCAAUAUGGUAAGGAUUUCAAAACAUUUUACCCUACAUUAUCAUAAAAGAAUCUAAUAGGACAUUAUUAAACUGCAGGAGCAUGCAAGAGGUACAUUUGGACAAACAUGUCAAACUUCUGGACAGUCCUGGUAUUGUGAUGGACAGCGGAAACUCUGAUUCAGCUGUUAUAUUACGGAACUGUGUUAAGGUAUAAAGUAGAAAUAUUUGUUGAAAUCAUACCAGUAUGUUUAUAGGACCCCUAGUUAGAAAUUAUACUGCAUCCAUGUGCCUCACUGCCAUCAAAUCUUCACAAGAUUUCUAUUACAUUUUUUUUAUCAGGUAUACUAUGGUAUAUCAAUAACCACAUGGGUUUAACACAUUAAAUGGCCUUUUUAAAAAUAUUGUGCAUAACCAGUUGGUAGUACAGGUGAAAGACUUUCAAGGUUAAGUUUGGGCCAGCCUUGCAACUUCAAAAUUGUUGGAUAUGCAAUUUGCAUUACUAAAUGCUUUUUGAUAAGGAAAUCCAGUGAUACUUAUAACGAAGCACAACUUGAUGGUAAGCAUCAACCAAAGUAGAAUCUUUGAUGGAGAGUAGCAGAAGCUCUUCCCUCUACUUUUACUGACAUGUGACACAAGACAGGUGCAGCUCUGUAGGUUUUCCAGGAGUUAGAAUGGCCACUGGGUCAGCUGGGUGCAUCAGGUUCAAUUCCACUUGUAUCACUAUGUGGGGUUUGUUCUCGGCAGUCUUAAGUUUAGCUCAUUUGUUAUGCUUGUUAAUAACCAACUAAUAUCCCCCAGUGAGUUAAGAAUCUUGAUUGGCCACACAGUAUUUCACUGGUUUAUUAGUGAUUUUAUGGCUCUGAUGCUAUAGAGUCAAUUUUUUCUUUUAUUUUCUUUUUCUACUAGUUAUUGAUAGUGCAGUUUGUUCCAUAACAGAUAGAAAGCAUUGAUGAUCCAGUCCCAGCAGUUGAAGCUAUUUUAAAAAGAUGUAACAAACGACAGGUAAUUUUUUUAACCUCAUUUAUUUGUUUCAUUCAUAUUAAAAAAUUUGAAAAGCAACUUUAUAGAUAUGAGCAAAUCUUAUUAUGUUUUAAUUUGCACUUUUUUUUUCAAACAUCAUGUUAUUGGUUUCAACCCUGAACAAGUACACAGCUCUUUGACUAACUUUUGGCUUAUCAUUUUUUUAAAGAUAAUGAGCCCUUUCUUUCUUUCUUUGUAUUUUUUGAAAGGUCAUGGAAAAAUAUCUAGUACCAGAUUAUACAGAUGUGCAUGAGUUUCUCUCUCACCUUGGUAAAAGGCUUGGAAAGUUAAAAAAAGGUAAGAUAGUUAAACUAAAUGUUUGAAAUGAAUGAUCUAAGAAUUACUUCAUUCUACAUAGGUCUCUUCUACUGUUUGAAUGAUAAUUAUUGUGAUGUACAUUAUGGUAAAGGAAAGUAAAGUCAGAAAUUUUUGAAGUAGGCAACUGUACAUUUUCUUAUCUGCAGCUGAGGUAUCCUGUUUAACUCAGGUUUAAAUCACAAGUUACAUAGUAAAUUUCUGUUUGCUGAUGGAUACUUUUGUUGAGGGUGGUGCUCCUAAGGCAUCUUUGUUGAUUCUUUAGUUGGGACAAAGGGAUAGCAGAGUGCUGAGAGGAUGGCCUUCCUUUGCUAUGUCACGGGUUUGAUUGAUCCUGGGCCUCUCAUGGGUGGAGUUUAAUGCUGGUUGUUGUCCUGGUUUCCCCCAGGUUUUGUAGGUCACUAGAGUUGAUACUACUCGUUUUACAAUAGGUCAUCAUAGGUUAACUUUCCCACCCCUCCCUUCUAACCUUUUGUUAGAACAAAACCUUUCUUGUAAUUUAUUACCUAUUUGGCCGCAGUGAUUUGAAAGUAGUCUAUAAAAAUCAAGUUUUCUCUUAAUGGGCUAAACACAAGUUUACAAAAACUGCAUUGUAUAUGUAUCGUUUUCUCACAUACUGAACUUGAUUUUGAAGAGAGGACAUACAGUAUAUAAACACCAAUGAAACUUCAUAAGAAGUUAGCUUAAAUUUGGUACUGAACUUAAUAAUCAUAAUUAUAUAACUUAGGUUACUGUAUAGGCUUCCAACUUGAUUUAUUGACUCUGUUUCAGUGGGUGAAAGUGUGUUAGAUUUUUGUUUGUUGUUUUUGUUUUCAACUGUUACAGGUGGCAUUCCCAAUGUAAAUGCAGCGGGGAAAUCAGUGUUGAAAGACUGGAACAGGUUUUGUAUUUGACUUGUAGUUUUGUAUGCAGAAUUGAAGGAAGGCUCUCAAAACAUUUCCAGUCAUUUGUUGUGCCAUUCAAAUCUACCUUCAACUUGAUAUGAGUUCAGCGAGAGAGAAAAACAUUUGAGCGUUUGUAGAAUUCACGUUUCUCCUAAUUGUUUCCUACCUUGCACUGGGAGUUGGUCUUUGUUUGACAGAAAGAAAGGGAUUGCCAGACCCUACACUUCCUGAUAAACUGAUGCAUCAAGUAUUUGAGUGUGCUUUAUCAAAUACAGACAUCAUGUUGUAUUGGAGGGUCACUGGCACCUAGUGAGUGAGACAUAUUAACUUAAGUUGUGUUUGAAAAAUGAUUUUUUUAUCCACAGUGGAAAGAUUGUAUUCUAUACUCAUCCGCCAGAACAGCACAAGUUACCCACCCAUUUAUCAGCUGAUAUUGUCAGUGAAUGGAGCAAGGAGUUUGAUUUGGUAAGAUAUUAAAGGAAGGAGAUGAAAUUCUCCUCAGUAAUUUCAUGUGUUUGUGUCAGUGUUCUUAAACUUUAACUGAACCGACAAUUAUUCAUCAUCACUCAUCAUACCAACGGUUACUUACUUUGGUUUAUUAAGUUAUUUGCUAAAGCCAAAGCAAUUUUGUAUAACUCUCCUAAAAGCAUUGAUUUCAAGACAAAUUGUUGAACAAUAUUAUCUUUUAUUGAGAGUGCAUCGAUUUUGAAAAUUGUUACUGCCCUUCUAGGGGUGUUAAUAUGUUCGCAAACCCUUUUUUCCUCAAAGCGCUGGUUCUUUUAAGAGUCGCGAGAGAGUUGUGGAAUGCGAAUGCCAGGAGAUGUAAGAGGUGUGAAGACGCUUCGCUUGGCUAAGAUGGAGGGAUGAAUGAACAGCUGUGCUCAGACUACUGGGUUGUUUAAUGUCUGUUAUAUCUUCACAUUCCUCGUUACUAAUUUCAUUGCACCUCUCUUUCUUCAGGGUUCUCUCCAACAGAAUGAACAUGACGAAUUGCACGGUAAGUCUGCUGCUGAUAGAAAGAAAGACCACAGAACUGGCGCCAAGCGAGGAAAGACCCAGUUUAGUGGUUGGCUUAAGUUUUUCCUGCACAAUUUUUGGCACGGGAAGCAAUUGGUUUCACAUCUUUUGUGCCUCGUACAUUUUCAGCCACGACAAAUUUUGGCCUCGAAAUGUGUUGUAAAAAGGAAAAAUAGCAAACAAACGAGAGAAAUCAAUAUUGUUUGCCUUUUUGCUCGAAUGUGUCUGUCACCAACUGAAAAAAAAAAAGGAAAAAAAACUUUUGAAAGUGGGUAAAUCGCAAGGUUGCUUAUGAAAUUGGUUUGUGUAUUUGCAAAGACGGUUUUUAUCGUAAAUAUUCCAUCAUAGUUGCAUGCUGAUACAAUUUAAUAAAUCAACUGUUAAAUGGUUUUCAGUGUUUUGUUACCAUUUCUAACUACGGGCUGGGGUAUAUACAUUUGUAAAGCAAUUAAUCAGGAAAUUAAUGUACUUGCUAUCCUUGGUAGGUCUGCGGCACACAAUGGAAGAUGCAAUGGUGCUUGAAGCGGGUGACCCUGUGGAUGCAGCUAAGGUUGAUGAAGAAGAUAUGGUGAGUUUCAAAGCUGUAACUGUUCAUUUAUUAAUCCAUUUUGGAACUUUUUUGCUAUUUCUCUUGAAGUUUUCAAAUUCCCUACCAAGCUUUCUUACGUAAGAGUGGAGGAUAGUAGAGUAUUAUUUUAUGUCUCUGUUCUUUUUAUUCCCACUCUGUCGCUGAGCUCUCUUUUUCUAUUCGUCCCCAUGAGCGUCAUAGUCAGGUUUGUCUUUCAGUUAAUCGUUACCUAUUGUUGAUUAUUCGUAGCCAGUUUAGAGAGCUACUGUCAAAAAUAAGUCGUCAUUCUCAGAACACAACAUCAGUGAAUGCUGGCCUAAGCAGACCUCUCUAUCCGGAAUAAAACGUGCUUUCCACUAGGCCAUUCAGAGCGGGUUUUCCGUCGAGUUGGUAUUAAGUAGAAGUUUUUGAUGGAUUAAGUGUAGGACGCGAAAUGGCAUUUCAAAGUUGGUUGGAUGAACUGAAAAGAAACGCAAUCUAUAAAACUUUUUCUUCUAAAGAGUGAAAGUUUUUGUAAUGAAACAAAUUGAAAAACAUACGCUUUAUUUGCCUUGCUUAACACAGGAAUCCGCCGAGGAAGAUGACGACGACUCAGAUGACAGCGAUGACGAUGAGGAAAUCGACGACGACGAAGAAGACGAAGAAGCCAUGGAAGACAGCGAUGGUGAGCAGGUAUGAUCAAGUUUAUUCUUCUUACGUCAACAGUUUUUUAAGGGAUCGGAGAGGAGAAAUCGAUGUUACCGAUGAAAUAUGAUAAUUCAAAAAAAUACUACAACAACAGUGACGGUAAGAAUCAUAUAACAUUACAUAUUGAUAAUAAUUGUAUCAAAUAUGAUGAUGACGACAACGAUAACAGACUGAAGUUACUGCUUAACCUUCACGACUCACAUGAAAUCUGCUGAGAAUCGGUGCUCUUUCGAUUGAUGGAGGUUGGUCCUAGUUUACUAUUUCAUUCUAAACUACAAAUGAUAUUACUUUGCUGUUGAGUGAAUUGUUUGGGUUAGAAAGAGAUCAGUGGCGUCAGUAUAGGACGCUCUCAGUUUAUGUCACCACUUUAAACAUUUACAGCACAUAGCCACCAAACACCAUCUUGAGUCAAAAAGAUUAAAAACAUCAAGUGUUAAGCAGUGAAGUUCAACCAAAAUUUAGGCUAAACAAUGAGGUAGUGAAUAUCCUGAAUCCAAGUCUCCCGCAGAUCAACGAAGCGUGCUGCAUAGCUUAUCCUUUAAAAUUAUUUUGUAUGUGAAUGAAAUCCCAUUUUUAAAUUAAAGGAUGUAAACUAGAUUCGCCUUGAGAACGAGGCGUAACGGACAAUGAGAAGUGUUUGGAUUCGUUUGAUAGCUGAAAUCCUAAGGGCCAAUCAAAAGUGUAGUCAAGGGUGACUCAAAACUUAUCACUAUACCGACCAAUUUUACUCUUGUAGGCACAAAAAGAUGGCAUGACAGUUCUUGUCAAGAAUUCAAAAUCCGUCACACAUCCGAAGGAGGUCACAAAAUCUCGGGGAGCGACUUCAGGUGGACUGGCGCCGAAUGAAAUCAAUGAAUUUAAUCUACAGACUAAUAAGGAAAGGAAGAAGGUAAAAUAUGUUUGGUAUCUCGUGCCCAAGCCAUUCCGCUACAAGAUAGCAAUGCAAUGUGUUUUGAAUUCUUUUUUCCCAUCUUUUUUCAUUACUUGGCCUUUGUUUUUUUUUUAGCUUUUCAAGAAGCAGCAGAGGGACAAGCGGAAACAAGGUAAGACUUUAAUGAAUGACAACGACCAGGUUCGCCUCGUAAGUUAAGUUUCUCCUUAGUAGACAACCAAGCACAAAAUUUACCAACUUUCUCAAUCUUUUAGCACAAUCAACUCCUUUGACAUUGUUGGUCUUAGCGUUAUAUACAGGACGCUAGUCACAUCUGAACCUUGCUGCAGUAAUAGCCCAGAUCACGAUAGAGUUCUCUGUAGCUGUGUAGUUUACUUGAAGCUUUUGACCGUAGCUGGAAUCGAGAGUUGUGAGUUUCCAAAUACUCCAGGAAGACAUAUUAGAACCAAAUACUCGAUGGAAUCUUGACUGUAGUGUUAUAUUUCAGGGUGGUUCAUACGAAUUGAAUAUGAAUUUUUAUAUUCUCCUACAGCAACGAGUCAAGGAGAGGCAAUGGCUGAAGAUGACGAUUACAACUUUGACACUGACUUCAGUUGAAGAGAAAAGACAUAAUCCUGGACUAACAGCAAUAACAAUCACGCACAUUGAUCUUAGGUUCAAUUG